AUGAAGUCGGAUUGUCGCAAGUCUUUCGGUGAAUAUGCUUCUCCCGAGCAUAAGAAUAUUGCCAGUUUGGUACAAGGCCUCAUGCCAGACUACCAAGUGUACGGCAUUAAGCUUGGUGUUGGUUCGGCUUUGGACGAAGAUGAAUGGGAAGGUUGUGAGAAUGCUGAAUUCCGAGUGUAUCAUGUAGUCAAUGGUACUGCAUGUCAUGUUGAUGUCUUCCAACACCUGCAGUCCACCGAUCCCGAGGAACCAUGCAAAUCUUGUCCUGGUCAUCUCGACGGCAAAGUGACUGUUUGUCGCUAUGCAGAGGGAGAGGUCUGCGCACUCCGUGACGACUUUGUUCCGAUGACAUGGGAUCAUGUCUCAUGGGCCGACUGUCCGUUCGAGUUCAGAAAUUUCGAAAGUAUUCCGGGCAACUAUAAGUACGUGGAGCGAAUUCUGGUCGUAGGGCAGCCAGUGGAGCCCAUUAUGCUCAAGGGCAAUCCUACGCCAACAGUUUCAUCGGCUAUGAUGGGGCAUUUGGAGCUGUCGGAUGGCAACAGAGUUUCAUAUUGGUAA